AUGAAUGAACCUUUGUUGAAGCUCUCCGAUCCCAACUCUCCUGAGUUUAAAAACAAAGCUGCAACAGCAACAGACCCUCCUACAACUGAGAGCACAACUACAACCACAACUACAAGCGCUCCUACAACCGAGAGCACAACCACGACUACAAGCGCUCCUACAACUGAGAGCACAACUACAAGUAUUACUACAACUGAGAGCACAACCACGACUACAAGCGCUCCUACAACCGAGAGCACAACCACGACUACAAGCGCUCCUGAGAGCACAACCACAACUACAAGCUCCUACAACCGAGGCACAACCACGACUACAAGCGCUCCUACAACUGAGGCACAACCACAAAGCACAACCACAACUACAAGCGCUCCUACAACUGAGAGCACAACCACAACUACAAGCGCUCCUACAACCGAGAGCACAACCACGACUACAACCGCUCCUACAACCGAGAGCACAGCCACAACUACAAGCGCUACUACAACCGCGAGCACAGCCACAACUACAAGCACUCCAACAACCGAGAGCACAACUACAAGCGCUACUACAACCGCGAGCACAACCACAACUCCUAGCGCUCCUACAACCGAGAGCACAACCACAAGCGCUCCUCACAACCACGACUACAACCGCUCCUACAACCGAGAGCACAGCCACAACUACAAGCCCUACAACCGAGCACAACUAAGCGCUCCUACAACCGAGAGCACAGCCACAACUGGCGCUCCUACAACCGAGCACAACUACAAGCGCUACUACAACCGCGAGCACAACCACAACUCCUAG